AUGUUCAGGUUAAAGGCGGUGCCGUUCAGGAGCAUCGGUCACGAGACUAGACGGCUCUUGUGUCUCAUGAGCUGGAGGAAAAGCGAGAGGACAACCGGCACGAGAGGUUCAACGAGGAAACGCAGUCACGGUGGCAUGAACGAGUCAAAAUCGGCAGACGUACCAGAUAUCCACGCCAUCGUCCCAUCUGUACAUCCUCUCCCGAACACAGCAAAAGCCGUCGAGGGAGUCGCCCGCGAUACGACGGCGGCGGGUCGGGGGUUGGCCGGGUUGCUUUUGCGUAUGCUACAGAAUGGCAUGAGAACGAGUCAAGGUCGGCAGACGUACCAGAUAUCCACGCCAUCGUCCCAUCUGUACAUCCUCUCCCGAACACAGCAAAAGCCGCCUGUAGAGCUCUGCUACGUUCUUGGCGUAGUCGAGGGAACCGCCCGCGAUACGACGAUCUCUGCGGGGGAGAAGCAUGGUGCAGAAAAAUCGACUGGUGCAGAGAAGUUGUGUCGUGGUGGCGGGAUGUAA